AUGGCCCAAACCCCAGAGAACAAGGCCGCAUGGCUAUCCGGCUCCAAAGUCACCCCGCUUGAGAUCGGCCCGGCGCCGUACACAGCACCCGGACCUCACCAGAUCGUCGUGAAGAACAGUGCACUGGGCAUCAAUUCCGUCGAUUGGGCCAAACAGCUGCUCGGCGAAGCCUUGCUCGGCCAUAUCAGCUAUCCCUUCAUUCUGGGCGAGGACGUGGCAGGCACCGUUGUCGAGGUGGGGGAGGGCGUAGAGCGCUUCAGUGUCGGCGACCGCGUUGUGGCUGCGGCUGCUGCCAUCUCCCUCAACACCUCCCUCGAGGGCGGUUUCCAGCUGUACACCGUCAUUCGCGAGUGGUUGGCCGCACCGCUGCCGGACAGCAUCGCCUUUGAGCAGGCCAGUGUGAUCCCGCUAGCCAUCUUCACAGCCUCUCACGGCCUGUUCGACACCGAAUACCUGGGCCUUGACUUGCCCACCGUUCCCGCAUCUCAGUCCAGCAGCGACAAGGGUGUUGUCAUUAUCACCGGUGGCUCAUCCGCUGUUGGCAGUACCGCAAUUCAGCUGGCCGUGUCCGCCGGCUACGAGGUUGUGUCGACGGCGUCGCCUAAGAACUUCGAUUACGUCAAAAAUCUCGGUGCUAGCCAUGUGUUUGACUACAAGAGUGAGACUGUGAUCGAUGAUAUCAGCGCUGCUGUCAAGGGACUCCCCCUUGUCGGCGGUUACUCCAUUGGUGAUGGCUCCAUCGACCUGCUGGCCGCCGUCUUGGCCAAGCACGAGGGCCCCUCUACGAAUAAGUUCAUCCUGCUCGGUCCGGACGCGGCUGGUCCCGACUCUGUUACGAGCAAGAUCUACAAGAACUACCUCCCCGAGGCACUCGCCAAUGGGCAGUUUGUGCCAUCACCCGAGGCGAUUGUCGUGGGCAAGGGACUGGAAAAGAUCCAGGAGGCUUUUGGAAUUCACAUGCAGGGUGUUUCGGCAAAGAAGAUUGUUGUGUCACUGUAA